AAAGUCAGCACCAAUUUUUUUAUUUUGAAUCCCAAAAAAAAAGGAAAAAAAAUAGAUAGAAGAAUGAAGCUACCUAUGAUAGAUCUAGAGCCGUACUUGAAGAUCACCAGCCAACUCAACGGUGACUCUGCUAAGGAAAAGGCUGACAUCAGGGCUGGAUUUGGUAAGUUGUGCAGUGAGGUGAGUCGUGUGCUCAAGGAAACUUGGGCAUUGCUGGUCAAUGAUCCAAGAUGUACGGCAAAGGACAACGAUCGAUUCCUUGACAUGAUGGAGAAAAAAUUGGUGUUGGGGAUUAAGUCAGUGACAUGGGAUUAUGUUUGAAAAACUGAAGGAAUCGAAGGAGUUGAGGAGGCAAGGAGGCGAUAAAGAUGGACAUGGACA